AGGAAAGAAUGUCUGCAGAUGCCUUUAGAAUGUUUUUCACAUCUUGGAUACUCCAACAUUUGUUUUUUUUUUUAAUGGGAUUUAUUCGUAUUUUUCUUUUUUCAAAAUUUGAACCUUUUGAUCAUACCUUCUUCUUCAAUACACAAAAGGGUAUGCAAGAAUUGCAUUUGCCAAUUCUGUUACAAUGGAAACAGAGACCUAAACUAACUUGAUAAGUCUGUGCUGUUUGUUUUGAUUUUAUCCCUUUCUUUUCGAUUUGGGAAGCCGAAAGACACCAUUUUUUUUCCCUUUCAUUGAGUGCAGGUUUAGACUACUUAUGAUUCCAUCCCUCUUUUGCUUACUGGCAAACAACCCACUUAGUAGUCUAUAAAUAGUGGUCCAAGAUUAGUUUUAGUUGCUCUGUUCUGCUCUGUUUUCCUCUGUUUCUCAUCUCCUUUUCAUAAAACAGUCAUAAGUAUAUCUAUUAAAGCAGUAGCAGAAAGCAAGCAACUAAUUAUUUCACAUUGGAAAAACCCAAGGCUUUGUUUCACAGCAAUGGAAAGGCUAAACUCGAAGCUGUACUUGCAGAAUGUGUACAUAAUGAAAGAGAAUGAGAGGCUGAGGAAGAAGGCACAGCUUCUGAACCAAGAGAAUCAGGCCCUUCUUUCUGAGCUGAAGCAGAAGCUUUCAAAGCCAAACAAAGCCAAUGGUGCUUCAAACACUGUGCCUGAUCUGAAUCUUAACCUGAGCUCCACCAACAACAACAACUCAAACAAUCAUCCUUCCAGUUCCAGCAACUGAAAGCUUAGAUUUGUGGACCAAAUCUCUUUAUGACCCCACUAGGACUUACCCCUUUUUUUGUGUAAUAUUUUAAGCUAGUCAGAGCCUCAGAGGUGGUAGUUUCAGCUUUAGGUACAUAGGACAAGUAGCAGUGGUGUAUGUAUCUUUGUGAUUUACAAGGAUCUUUAACUCUGCUGCUUCUGUUUCCAUAUUUUAUUAUGUGUUUUCUUCUUUUGGGGGGGCCUUAGGAUAUAAAUUUCUGCAUGGUCUACAAGGAUAUAUAUGUAUCAAGCUCUUGUGCUAGAAAGAAAUAUAAUAUCACUGUAGCUUUG